AAUGUCAAGGAUCAAUCACCAUGUACCAUUGGCUCUGGAGCAUCUUUCUCCUACUCUUUACCGUACUGAUAUUUUUUACUCUGCACAUGAAUAAUCGAUAUCGCAGUUAUGGUGUUCCACACCCUCUAGAACUACCUUUUCUUGGAUUCCUUGGUAUUGGCUUUUUCAAACGCGAGCAUCUGACUGUAACAUUCAAGAAGGCCUAUAACAUGGCCUAUAAUGCUAAGUAUAUGGGAUGCCACAUGUUUACUUCACCGGUGAUUGUGAUUCGUGAUCUUGAAUUGAUCAAGAGUGUGUUGGUAAAAAACUUCGAUAAUGUUGCCUAUCAUCGAACCUUCUUUGACGAAAGAAAAAACUUCAUUAUCAGUAGCACUGUCGCUAUGAAUGAGCUUCCACUGAUCAUAACAGACUUCUUAAGGUAAAAACACUCGAGCAGAAACUGCUGCGCAUCUCGCACUUGACCGCGCACUCAGCAAAUUUAUUUGAAGUACGUCGUUUGAGUCACCAUCGAUAUCGUUUUUGGUGAUUACCUGCACAGUACACAAAGCACUUGAAAAACAUUAUAAGACUGUCGUUACUCUUGAAGAUAGUCAUAUGGAUGGUCGUUCUAGCCAUGGCUGGGUCGCAAAUGUGGAUUUAGAUUUGUGAAGAGGAAAGAGUCCAAAUUUUUUGAGAAUAAACGAGAAUCGUUUAUGAACAAUUAAACUUUUGUUUAACUGUUGUUUUCUUUAUUUUUCUGUUAUUUAUGAUUCAAUUAUACUGACAUAACAACCUCAAAAACUAUUACUUACUGAAACACUGUAUCCACUUAUUAUUCACAUCACUGCUUUGUAGGGAGGAAUGCGGUAAUCAUUAAUCAUGCGGGCUCUUCAUAACGCUAUCAGUGCAUGUACAUAAACGCUUCUUUGACGCACCAUCUGUCUCGUACUGUGCAUUUGAACUUCCGUGAAUCUCAAUGAGUGCAGACAAGGUUAUGACUCAAACACGCGAGAGUUCACACACAGGCGUCAAAGCACACGCUCUAUGCAAUUUACCUCUUCCACCACGGACAAAAAUAAUUCCGACGUCAUUCUCCAGCACGUUUUAACUAUUGAUUAUCUCGGUAAGCUCGCUCAGUCAAGGCUAAUACGCAGUCAGUUGCGAGCUUAGUCUCGCGUCGGUCGUACGGUAAUGCUAAAAUACAGCCUGUCGAUUGUUUUUCAUCGCAUUCAAUAAUAUUUUGCAAACCAAAAUGUAUUAUUGGAUAUGUGCAGCAUUGAUCGCUGUUUUAUCAUACGUAAUUCUGAAGGCUUACCAAAUCAGGCACUACUUCGAAAAAUAUGGAAUACCCCAGUCACCGGAUAUACCGUUUCUCGGUAUGUUAGGUAUGAGCAUCCUUACCGGACAUCACGUCAAUUACAUCAUAAAGGACGUCUACAACAUAAAUAAAGAGGCCAAGUACGUUGGAGUGCACCCGUUCUUGAAAUCAGCGAUAUUGGUGCGCGAUCUCGAUUUGAUAAAAUCAGUGCUUGUGAAGAACUUUGAUAAUUUUGCCGACCGCACAGUAUUUUCGAGCGAAGAGAGCGAUCCUAUCUUUGCGAAAAGUCUGUCUCUGCUGAACGGACAAAGAUGGCGCGAAGUGAGAAAUUUACUUAGCCCCGCGUUUACUUCAAGCAAGAUGCGUACGAUGUUUACACUAAUGUCACACUGUGCUAAAAAUUUUGCCGAUCAGUUUGUCAAGAAGUACCGGGACGAGGAAAACAUCGACAUGAAGGAUGCGUUUACACGCUACACGAGUGAUGUAAUAGCUACCUGUGCUUUUGGAAUCGAGGUCGACAGUUUGAAAGAUCCGAAUAACGAAUUUUACCUUCACGGUAGAAGAUCCACCGAUUUUUCGGGGCUAAAAGUGAUGCUCACUUUUUUUGUGAACAUAGUUUGUCCAUCUUUGGGCCGUAAAUUAGGUCUCCGGUUCAUAUCGAAGAAGGAAACGGAUUACUUCGUCAAGCUCGUAGAAGGCACCAUAAAAGCUAGAGAAGAGCAAGGAAUAAGGAGGCCAGACAUGCUGCAAUUGCUCAUGGAGUCCGAAGAAAAGGGUAAACAUCUCGAUUCCAUGGACUUAGUGGCUCAAGCGUUCAUUUUCUUUGCCGCUGGAUUCGACACGGUAUCUGGACAAGCUUGCAGCAUAGCCCAUGAAUUAGCUGUAAAUCCAGACGUGCAGCAAAAGCUUCAGGUCGAAAUUGACGAGGUUAUGAAAAAUUGCAACGGCCAGCCAACCUACGAGGCUGUCAAUAGUAUGCAGUAUUUGGAUGCAGUUUUCUACGAAACCAUGAGAGUACAUCCAAUAGGUUUUUUAAGCCGGAUAUGUACAAACGAGUUUGAACUUCCUCCGACUCUUCCCGGUGCAAAGCCAUAUGUACUAAAACCUGGAAUGGAGAUCCUAGUUUCGCCGGUUGGUGUUCAUUCCGAUCCCGACUACUACGAUAAUCCGGAAAAAUUCGAUCCUGAUAGGUAUCUCGACAAAAAAAUCUCGAGUGACGUUUUGAAUUUGGGCUUUGGUUUGGGACCCAGGAUGUGUAUAGGAAAUCGUUUUGCUGUACUCGAGACUAAGAUCUUGUUGCUGCAUCUUCUUUCAAAGUGCAAUCUGAUGCCAAGCAAAAAAACUUGCAUCCCAUGGGUGUACGCUAAAAGGAACUUUAAUCCGCUUCCGGAAGGUGGCUUUUGGUUGAGAAUCAAGCAAAAAAAACAAAUUACUGGAUAGCUUUUAUCAACUUUUUUGUACUUUUACUCUUUCUGUUUCGAUGUUAAGCAUUUCAGAUAAAAAUAAAACCGGUUAAUAAUUUGAAA